AUGAAUUCACUCGUCAUUGUGUACGUUCCGCAUACGGUUGAGUACACACCUGCAGUUCAAUUUUCCUCUCUGGAGUACGUGACCGUUUCAGUCAACGAAAUGGAAAACGGGGACGAUAGUGCGGGCAAGGCCCAAUCACCGCCCGAAUCCUCGGUGUUGAAAAGCGCAAUGCAGGAAAAACUGAUGCAACACAUCAUGAAGGACGAUCUGUUACUGCUAAACACCCCGGGGAAAUCGAACCCAAGAGAUCCACUGUUCCUACAUGCCAAGCGUGAAGACAGCGUACCAUCGGAAGGCAAUGAUGGUCGUCCGGUGUUCGACUGCGAAAUAAAUGCAUCCGAAUAUGUUCCUAUUAGCAGCGACGUAGUGUUAGAAGAUUCAUCGUCCAGUUUUGAUGAAGGAAUAGGUUUGAGCAAUACGGAGGAUUCGAGCGACGAUCAAGCAAAUGCCAACAAUGACUCGCUGAAAAUUCUCAAUACUGUCGAACUCUCACAAACGAAGGAGUAUUUACGGAAGCAGAAGAAAGACAAAUCGAAAAGCUACCAGUGUGAAAUCUGUGACGAACGAUUUACGAUGAAAAAACACCUCCGGGAGCAUCACGGUAUCAUGCAUCCGGGCCAGAAUUGUAACAAAUGUGGCGUGUGCGAAAAAACGUUCAAACUGCGAUCGAACUUGCGACAGCAUCUUCGCAUCCACACCGGUGAACGUCCGUUCCGUUGUGACAUUUGCUACAAAACGUUCGUCCAGGGCAGUGCUCUAACGGUCCAUCGGGAAUUGCACAAGGAGCAGCGGGACUACGAGUGUGCGGUGUGUAAGAAAGCGUUCAAAUCGAAGUUUGCUUUCAAGAAGCACGAAAAAGUGCACAUCGGACUACGGCCCUUCAAGUGUGACGAGUGUGGCAAAUCCUUCACACAAUCGUGUAACCUCAAGGCGCACCAGAAACUGCACACUGGAAACCACGCAUAUCAGUGUUCGACCUGCUCGAAAACGUUUCGUUUCAAGUCCCACUAUCAGGAUCACCUGAUGACGCACACCAAGGAAAAGAAGUACUGCUGUGGCCAGUGCGGUCGUACCUUCGCGUAUAAAAACUCCUUCCAGCGCCAUACCCAAAUCCACCGGGAUGAAGCUCAACACCAUUGUGCGGAGUGUGGGAAACAGUUCAGCAAACUGAGUCACCUCACCUUCCACCACAAAUCGCACGCAUGUGCUCGUGCAACGGUAACGGGACGAGCCAGUGGGGGAACUAGUGCAUCAAAAAAUCUCGCCUGCGAUAUCUGCGGCAGCGUCUUCGCACGGACCGAUACCUUGGUCGCCCAUCGAAGAGAGCUACACGGUGCCGAAGAAAGCGUGCGUGAAAAGGGACGAUGUCGGUACAAAUGCGUUAUCUGUAGCAAAUCUUUCCGGGAGGAGAAGGAGUUGCGUACCCAUUUCAAACUGCACGAGGCCGACGAUUGUCCCUUCCAGUGCGGGAUGUGUGGAAUCCUUAACCUGAACCCCAUAUCUAACUGA